AUGAAGAUGAUGAUGAGUAGCAGUAGCAGAAGCAGCAGCAGCAGUAGUAGUAGUAGUUAUACUAGAGACCAAAAUAAUCGAUAUGCACAUACGAAAAUUGGGAAGAAAUUAAAAGGUGGUGAUGAAAAUGGUGUUGCAAACAGAAAGGCAUUAAAUCGAGAGAAGAUCAUUGCUAUGCAACAAGAUGUGGAAAAGCUAAGAACGAAGCUUAGACAUGAAGAGAACAUUCACCGAGCUAUGAAAAGAGCGUUUAACAGACCUAUUGGAUCACUUCCUCGUCUUCCUCCGUUUCUCCCUCCACCGAUCGUGGAGCUACUUGCGGAAGUGGCUGUUCUUGAAGAGGAAAUUGUUCGGUUAGAAGAACAUAUUGUGCAUUUCAGGCAAGAAACGUAUCAAGAAGUAGCUAUUACAUCUUCAUCGAAAACGAACUUAAAAUGCUCGGCCGAUCUUCCUAAGUCUAAGUUAGCUUCCAGUAAUGCUAGAGAAUUAAAUCACCACUUUCGUGUGAGGUUUUAA